GUCCGGAAAAUACGGUAUAUGUAGUUUUGUUGGUCUUUUUUACAGAUCCCUGUAUUGGAAAAGAACACAGUGGUCAUGAAGACAUGAGGCAUCAGAUGUCCUGUGAGGCGUUUGGACAUGGUCCUACACCAAAGCUAGAAACAGCAGUGUACAGACUUGAGACAAGGUACAGGGGAAAUGGCAACCAAACCCUCAGUGACAGAGAGGAGUUCUUCAGAGGGGUGGUCAGGUUCUCAAGCAGCAGUCUGCUAGACUCCUUGCGUCACUGUGUUGCUUCAGGCAUGGCUGAAGGUCCAGUCACUCCGCUAUUGUCAGCCAUCACUCAGAGAGGAAGGAAUUAUUUUGUUAUCACAGACAAAGGCCCUAGUGUUUCCAGCCAAGCAUCAGCACAGAGAGCCUGACCACAUCUGACAUUGCAGAGAAAUAUCAGUUCAACCAGGAUAUUCAUACAUGGGAAUAUAUAUUUAGCAUCCUCCACAGCUAAAACACUUUAGAGUAGCCAUGUGUAUAGUCUAUCAGCAUCAUAAGAGGACAUGUCUGAGACCUCUGUAAUGAUCACUGAUCCAGCAAGGAGAGAAUGUUUUUACAUUUAAGCUUGGUAAUACAGCCUGUAUGAUUUUAGUGUCAUUUUAGCUUGGUUUUAAAUAAAGGUUUUGAUAGAAAAAAAUAUUUUUUUUCCUACUAAGUUUUGUAUUUCUGAAAUCACAUUUAACUUUUAAACAACUUUACCCAACUGUCAUGCGUCGUUCAACCCUAUAAUAUUGCAUGACCGGAUUAUAAUAAAUGUUGACAAAGGAAAUUCAAA